AUGUCUUUCGCGUACGUCUAUGUUCGGAAAGAACGUAAAUUUGCUAUGGUUGAAUCAUCCGCAGUAUGUGUCUUAGAUCAGAACUCAACCUCUUUCAAGCCGGUUGACAGCCGCGAGAUUAUCAAUAAUACUGAGUUCAAAUAUGCUGUCAUUGAGAAGGAUACAGUGAAACAAGCCCAUCUGUGCUUUUUUGGAGACUCUGAAGAGCAAAAAAAAGGAGCACCAAGGAUAAAGAUAAAUAAUCCCAAAGGACUGGGGGAUUUAGUUAUUCCUUUAGCUGCUUUACAGAAAAAUCAGGAGGCUGAUGUCGCUAAAUCAACAAAGGAAAAGAUGCAAACAGCCAAAAAUACAGUGACGAAGAAUCGACAAGAAAGUAUUUUAAAGAGAUCUAAGGAAUCAAAACAGUCUGGCCGUAUAACGGCAGAUAAUGUUAAAAAGACUCCUAAAGAGACUAAAAAAAAAAAAACAGUAAAAUCUGAGCUAAAAACUAAAAAUGAAACUGAUGCAAAGACUGAUUGGAAGGCUAGACCUAGUAAAAUAAUAAGGGGGGACAAGACUUUAAAACCCUCCUCUUCUUCGGAACAACUAACGCAGAAAAAUGACUGUCUCUCAGAAAAUGAACCCAAUAUGUUUAUCACUGAAAAUGGACCAUUUGGUGAAGAUGAAACUAUGCCCUCAAAGACUGUAGUAGAUAGCUCAGCUGUCCAAGGAACAUUAGUUCAGGGACAGGAAGGGGAUCUAAUGUCUGGUGAUCAAAUUGUUGGUACUUCUGAGUUACCAAUUCAAAAUGUUAAUGCAAAUAAUGAUGCUCUGGUUGGCAAAAGAGAAUCAAUUAACAAUAAAAGUGAUGUUGCGCCCAAAGAAACUUUUAAUGAGUCACUUAAUAAUAAAAGUUUUGCAAUUAGUCCAAAUAAUGUGCCAAAGGUGACUCAUCUUGAGUCUGAUACUGUUUCUUUAACUCAAGUGGUAGAAAGCCCAAAAGAUAAUUCUAGUACAAGUUCUAGUCAUAUCCCAAAAAAGGUAGCAGAGAAGAAAUUGGGUAAUGAUGAGUCUAGUGAUUUAUGUGGCUGCAAGUGUGCAGACACUUUCAAAAUUGCUCAGGAAAACCAAAUAAUAUUGAAGGCUUUGCAGUUUAAAAUUGACGCAAUGUGCAAUGUAUUGCAGAAUGAUGAGCCAUCAACUUCAAAGAGUAAAUUAUGCUCCAUUGCGGUAACUAAUUCAAUUGCAGAGUCAGAUGAUGGUGCAGGAGAAGGGACUCAGACUAAUGCAAAUGUUGAAAUCCCUGAGGGUUCAAUUUAUAUUGGGGUCAUAAAUGGUGAAAACCGCUUUGUUUUGAAAAAAGAAUUAGCAAAAGCAGACAAACUACCCAAUUACCGAAAACGUCUUCUGAAAGUUGUGGAAUUGGUGUGGCCCAACAAUGAUUUCUAUCAGUACCGUCUCACUGCUGAAGAAGAGGGCACGAAGAAGGCAUCACAGUCCCAAAUCAAUGCUGUGGAUAAGCUACUUAAUUUACUAAAUUGGAAAAAAAUAAAACUGAGCCCUUUAAAAUAUAACAAGAACUUCCUACAACCUUUAUCCGAGGCUUACAAUAGACGGCAACUAGGUAAAUUUUUGUCCGGUGUGUCCCAGGAUGUGGAAAAGGAAAGUAAAAGACAACUAGAAGACAAUUCAGGUACUGAUGAUGAGUCUCCCCUGAAGAAGAAAAGGUCUCCUAUUGAUAGUGAUACUGAUGACGAUGAUGAAUACGUUGACAUGGUGUAAACGAUUAAUGUGAAAUAAAUAUAAAUGGUGAUGGUAAUGAUGUGUUUCUGCAUAUAUGUUUUUUUAGAAAGGGACACAUUUAUGUCCUUGGGGCCAUACAUGUACACCCUGUCAUCAAGGACAUACCAAUGACAUACCAUAUAUUAGACAUAACUGGGACAUAGUCCUAAAACAC